CGUGCAGCAGUGCGAACGCGCGCAGCGGCAGAAAUUCUUGGCUUCUUUCAUCCGGCGUUCUUCCCCUAAUCAAUUCGCCCAAAAGAAAACCCCGCCACUAAAACACCCGACUAAAUACAAUUUUGAUAUAUCGGUUCUCGAGUGCUUACACAACCCAGAAAAACCAAUUUACCAGUGUGAACAUGUGCAAUUAGCUUGCAGAAACUACAAAAAACCAAACCAAAACAAAUAAGAAAACUUUUAAACUCCUGCUUUUGGGAUUAUCAACAAACAAAAGAGAAAACUUUUCGCAGGAUUUGUGAGAAGGAUAACAAACGCACACAAACAGACAAUCAAAAUGGUCAACAAACAGUAUCCGGCCACCGAUCUGGAGGCUUUUAUAAAGAUCGCAGCCAACUGGCAAAAUUCCAACCACAACUUGCUGGAGGGCGUCGACUUGAAGACGGAAAUGACACAGUACAUGAACAGCCCCUCGAUGAACAUGUAUAAGAAGAGGGAACGCACCCAGAACUGGAACCACCAGGAGAAGAAAUACCUGCUCGAUCUGUGCCGCAAGGAUAUGCGCAUUAUCGAGAACAAAAGAUUGGAUGCCGGUCUUACGGCUGUGAAGAACAAGGCCUGGAAGAUCAUACACCAGAAGUUCUCCAAUCAAUUUGGCACCGAUCGCACCUGCAAUCGCCUCAAGGAACAAUGGCGACGCAUGAAAGCCUGCACUCGCAAUGAGAUUCUGGACUACAACAAUCGCUUGGCCAGGUUCGGAGCCGAGGUGGCUGAUCGCAAGAAGCCAUCGCCAUUCACCUUCGAGGUGUGGGAUUUCAUGCAGGAGGCCAAGAAGGCUUGCAAAUCGGAGGCCCUGGAUGGCAUCGACUACUCCAAAAUACCGCUGGCCUUGGAGGAGGGUUUUGAGUAUCGCGAUGACUACAAAUUCAAUGCCGAUGAGCACGAUAUGGAUGACAGCCGCACACCGCCGCAGGAGCUGUGCGACGUGGACAUCAAGGAGGAGGAGAACAACGAGACCUUCAACGAGACCUACAACACUCACCAUCUCAACCAGAGCGACAUCCAUGGCGGUGGCGAGCGCCUGAGUGUGUCGCCCAAUCACAGCAUCAGUCGCAAUGGGAUCCAUGAGGCCGAGAGUCCUGCCACACUUUCCGCAGCCGGUGCGUUGGAUGCGAGCGGUGCCUUCCUGCCCGGAGGAGCCGACAUGUCCGGCUUCCAGGCCAACUUCAACAUGAACAACAUAUCCGCCACGCUGGAGGCACUGAAUGCCCUGCGAUCUGGCCAAUUUCCCAGUGCAGCAGCAGCGGCAGCGGCUGCCAUACAGCAGCAUCAGGCGCAGGCCCAAGUGGCCAUGCAUCACCAGCACAACACCAAUAAUAACAACAACGAGGACGACGAGGAUGGCAUGAAGCCGCUGGCCAAGAGGCAACGCACCAGCAGCGGCAGUCUGCUGGGCAGCGAGGAUCAACCCGCAAACCUGACCGCUUCAGUGCCAGCCUCCGUGGAAUGCCAGGCCUUAGAGCGAUCCGGCAGCAGCAACAAUGGAGUAGCCAUCGCGGGAACAGCAGCCAGCUCCAGUGUCAACGGCAGCAGCCAGAGCAACUUUGAGCUGCGCAUGUUCAUGGAUAUGCAGAACAAGGAGCACAUGAUGCGCAUGAAGAUCCUGGAGGUGCAGUUGCAGGCGGCCAAGCACAGUCGCGAUCUGGUGGAGAUCAACAAGACGCUGGCGCUGCAGAAGCUGCAGGAGCUGGCCAGCAAGCGACUGCCCAGUUAGGAGGCAGUGCGGCAGCAGCCCAAGGAGCAGCGGCAGCCCAUCACCGUUUCAUGUUACAUUAGUUUAUAGAAUUAAAACCCAUGGCCGUGGCCACGUUCGCAGGCAGAGAGCGUGGCUGGGGGAUCGGCUAGAGUUAGCCUUAGAGUUAGACUUAAGAUGAAAGCAGGAUCCACAGCAACAGACCCACACCGACACUCACACUCACACACACAGAGAGACAUUCCUGGCAUUGUUAAUCAGUAUUUGAAAGCUAGAAGCGAAUCCCCCCCGACACCGACACACAGGACCCAAGAACAACCCAAGCGAGGAUCAGGAGGCGCUCGGAAGUAUGCCAUAAUCUUAUGAUGAAUCGCCUACCUCACAAGCACACACACAAGUUGCACACACACACACACUCAGCUAGCAGACACACACAGAUACACUCUCUUCUGGCCUAACCAGCACUUGACCAAGUCAAGUCAAGUUUAGUUAGUUACUAGUUUUAGUUCGUAUGGGAAACACUCUCCAAGUUGCUCAACUACCACAAAUGUAUUGUACUUACGUUCUUGACUUCAGUUUACGUUCUGCUACCACCACUAACGAUUCAAAACACUUAUGAAAUGCACAAAUGAUUACUUUUCAUAGCAGUAAGAGAAGAACUCUAUUAUAUGUAAAUGCAUCAUUACAAUCGGCAGUCGUCUCUGAUUUUGAUUUUUACUUGUACUUGUAUUUAUUUUUAUCUUUGUAUAGACUAUGUUGAUAUAUAUACGACCGCUAUAUAUAUGUUUGUUUAAAUGCCAUAUUAAUUGAAAGUUCUUUUAAAUAUCUUAUUUUCCAUUUGCGCUGCAAAAAACAAAUUGUUACCAUAUAUGAUAUAUGUACCGUACGUAUAAGCAGGCCCCCACUAUGAAGAGGGGCUUCAGUUGUCGUAGAAGGCUUCUUUGUAAAGCGUGUAAAUGAAAGAUACAAAUUAUUUUAAAUAAA